CGAAGGCAAAAAGGCUACCACACAAAUGAAGCCUACAUUAAAAGUCGGCCUUAAAUCAGCCAUCCUGCUACUGAUUUGUCUAAAAAUUUGCGCAGCCAGAUGGGAGACCGCUUAUGAGCACUUAUGUGACAAAAAAGGCUGCAGUUAUCUGGUGAGAUUGGACGAUAUUGUGGAAAAGAUACCGCAUCAUUUAUUUUUCGAUUGGGAAUGGAACGGCUUUUAUUCGGUGUAUAUGGAUGAUGAAGCGAACAGUUUUAAGUAUGGUCAUGAGAUAUGUGUGGAUGUGAACGGCUGUAAUGGCACAUUUAUUUGCGCUCAAAUCCAUGAAAUGACCAAAUUGAAGGAGCACGUCGAUCUUCUAGUUGGGGGUCGCGUUCUUGUAGAUAAUGAGCCGAUUUAUGCAGAUGAUGCUAUGACUUUUACAUUUUCAGGCACUGAGAAUUCUAUAACAAUGCCAACGGAUGUGGAGAAUUUUUUAGUAGAAUUAGGUUACUGAACAUGUGUGUGAAUCAGAAUAUGUGUAAAAAAAUCGAAAAU